ACCAAAGGAAAUCCUGUAGUAAAUUCGUCGCUCGAAGUGAAGCCACAGUUCACUCUUGCCAUGAAAAGCACUGCAAGUCUGCUGCUGCUGAUGGUGGUGUUGAACGCUGACAGUGGAGCCUUCGUCAGUUCUACACUGCUGAAUUCGUGUCCUGCCGAUAUUACCAUUCCAGAUCAUGAAGGGGUGGCAAACAUUACCACCUUAGAUGGAGGAGUCUCAACAAGCCUGAAUACAAACCUAUACGUGCAGCCCAAGCCAGGCUUCCAGGGUAUCAGCCUUGCAGUAGAGAUACCAUCUGGUGGUGAUGGUGGUGGUAGUGAGGUGUACAUCUCCUGGAUCCCAGUGGAUCAGUUGUGUCUCAAGGACGGCUUCGACUGGUGGAUGAUGAAGGUAGAGGCGUGGAUAUCCAGCUACGAGCACAACACCGGCAAUUGUACACUGUAUUUGUCGUUGCUGAUGGGUCAGUGCAAACACAAAUGUUUCAAGUAUGUCACCUUCAGGAGUGUUCCAAGCCUUCGUGUUACAGGUUACGGCACGUCAGCAUGGAGACUCAGCCAACCACACUCAUCCUGCAGCAUCGCAAGGCCUCGCAUAAGUAAAGAGACAUACGGAUCUUGCAAAUCCCCAAAGACUUCAACCCAACGUCCUGACAACACCACUCCUAGAGAUACCCCAAAAAGUGUUACAACUACUGCCACACGCCCUACCAAGUCCUCCGACACCAAAGAGAGAGUAAGACGCACACUGUGUGCAGAAUCUACGCCAGCAUCUGCAGGGCAGGUGGUGGUUGCGGUGAUGGUUGUGUUGACGGUUGCACAUGUGGUGGCGGCUGCAGUGGGAUUAGUGUGGAUUGGCAGUGUAUAACACAGGAAACACCAGCAGCUCCUGUCAGAGGAAGUGGAUGGUGCAUCUCACAUCGCCAGCCUCUACAACCGACAUCAGCAUGAACAUGGAGCUAUAAUGGGAGGAGUCGGCAUGACGUCACGAACAUGAAACCAGCGCGCUAUUGGUCCGCUGUCGCCCCUACCUACAUUACCAGCUGUGCAUGAAAAUUAUAAGGAAACUCCGGUGUACCGCCCCUUAUUUCCUUUUUUUUUUUUUUACUGUUGCUUCCAGGCCUCCCACCAUAUCUGUGACCACAAAAGACUGCAAUAGUGGUGUUGUGCCCUGCCAUUAUGAUUUAAACGGCAAAUCAUACAUACAAAUCAGAUCAUACAGUGUUUUUCAACUUGGGUGGAUUUGGGUGAGAGGUGGGACGCUGUCUUUGGGACGGACAUAUGGAUGGACGAGAUCAUGUCCACAUAUACAUGCACAUGCACUGUCCACAUACAUGUGCAUAUAGAUCAACGAGAAGAAAUAAACUGUGUAUCAGGAGAAAGAUGGCCUGAAGGUUGAUUUUUCUUGGUAUACUCUCUCUCUCUCUCUCUCUCUCUCUCUCUCUCUCUCUCUCUCUCUCUCUCUCUCUCUCUCUCUCUCUCUCUCUUUCUGUGUGUGUGUGUGUGUGUCUCUGUGUGUGUGUGUGUGUGUGUGUAUCAUAUGAUAUUAGGUUGAAGAGCACUUAUUUAGAAUUAUGUGUGAAAUAAUGUCACUGUAGACUUAAAAGGCAUCUUUGAUUUUUUGUUUUACUGUUUGUGCCUUGUCAUGCAAUAAACAAUAUAAGACAAUCUUUCAACUGCCAUUUUUUCAAGAAACGUCUGGUGUAUUUCUUUCGAUAUUGUGGUUAUUUGGCAUAACUGCCAUUAAUAACACUAAGUAACAAAGUUUCACUUUUGUCUUGUCCUUGGCCCCAAACCAUAAUUUUCCAGUUAUUUCCAUCCAAACAAAAUAGAAAAAAGUUAUUUUGAUCGUAAAACUUUGCUUUUGUGGUUAGAACAAUGAAUUUUAAUUUUUGCCUUAUUUCAUUAUAGUAUGGGCUACUAUUGGUUUUCAUGUCAGGUAAAGACCUUUGCAAAAUCUCAAUUGCUUAUCUAAUUGUUUUUUAAAUGUUGCAAAUAAGUUAGAACAAUAAAAAAAAGAAUACAGUGUUCUAAAGAUUUUUUUUAUUUUAAUAAGAUCAUUCUUGAACUGAACAUAUCUAGCAAAAAAAAAUUCAGAUUUAAAAGAAUUAGCUUACAUUUCAGAAAUUUUCUCAAAUCUUCCAGAAUGUUCUACCAGACACUUUUAGAAAUUUCUAUAACAUUUUAGAACAUUCUAUUAAAUGCAAACAUUUCCAGAAUAUUCUAGAACUUUCUAGAAUACAAUAGAAAUAUGUAGAAGUAUCAAAAAUUUUCUAGAAUCUGCAAGAAUUUUCUAGAAUGUUUCAGAAUAUUCUAAAGUAGGCUCAAGAAUAUUUUAAGAAGACUGAGAACAUUCUGGAACACAUUCUAGAAAGACUAAGAAUAUGCUAGAGUACUGCUUAACAAUAUAAAUGUAGGGGCUUGCAGAUCACCAAUCAGUUUUGCUUUGGCUGCCUGAGAAAACACAUCAUAAGAGGUGAAAUGGCAUAAAGAGGCUGCAGUCAUUCUCCAGAUGCAUUCUGCUCCAUAUGUGAUCAAUUCAAGACAACAGCAAAGAAGCUCUUUAUGACAGCAUCUGGAAAAAUGGUUAAAUUUCGUUAAUUUUGGGUAAAAAAAAUAAUAAUAAUUCUAAAAAGCCACAAAAGCAAUGUUUGACAGGAAUAAUGGACAUAUUCUAUUAUUUUGCAAUUAAAAGAGUUGGAAAAUAACAUUUGUUUGCGAAAGACAAAAAUCAUGUUACGUAGUGUAAUUGGUCUACAUAACAUAUUUAGGAAACUACAAUGUACUUUUCGUAACUCAAACCAUCAAUUCUUGCUUAUUUUUCGCCUAAUAUGCAAAGUGGUAAAUUCCCAUAGCUCAGCACAGGUGGCAAUAUUUUGGGUGUAUCUGCUGGUCGUAAGCUCAGCCCAGACUCGAUAAGCCCACUGGAUUCACUUGUCUGGAUGGGAACAGCGUGGGAAGGCGUCUUCUUUUAAUAAAGGCGUCUUCUUCAGUUCUUUACAAUCGCCUCGGAUUUUCCGACGUAUAACUUUUGCGCAGGUCUUCUGGGAGCUUCGGAACCUUACACUACCCCAGGCCGCAAGUUUUCUAAGGGCUUGCGAAAAUUGUGGGCGGGCAGUGGGGCGGAGCGAAAGACACAGCCAUUCGCAGGCAACGAUGCAAACAUGUUAGAUGAAAGCAAGUUGAUGUGCAUGUAUUGUUUUCAAUAAAAUCUCGAACAUACAGAAUUAUCUAACAGCCAUAAUUUCUAACAUACAGAAAUUCUAACAGCCACAAUUUCUCCCAUCCCCGAGGGUGUGUUUAAAAAUGCGGCAACGGGGGCGGGAUGGGAUAAAAAAAAAAGUGUUGACUCGGCAGGUGCAGAGACUGUGAGAACUGAAGAUGCCUUAAGGGGGGUUGUACGACCCGGACCUGAAAAUAAAAAAAAUAAAAAAUGCAUUUUUUCCGCUUCUUUUGAUAUAUGUAACGUUUUGAAAAAAAAAUGUUUUCCUCUUAUGUAAUGAGGU